GAUGCCUUUUUUGACUUGAAGAAGAGAUACUUUGAGUUUGCAACUUUGCUCUAAUGUACAUUGGAUAGUAACGUCCUGAUUUUUUAUCAGUAGAUAGUAAUGCUCUGAUACUUGGUUUUAUAACUGAUUUUUUCAACUAGGGAACUUUAACCCCUGCCACAAACAAAACAAAGUUGGGCAGAACUACAGAAGAUGCUGUUAAGAAGUUUGGGAAGCCAAAACCAUCUCCCCAAAUAGGAAAUUCCAGUCAGGUUGUGAAAGGUCUCCCUUCAAGGGAAGGAAUUACUCAAACUCUAGCUAGCAAUAUCAACAGACAAACAACUGGAGCACGUUCUACUCUGCAUGCUUCAUCAGCACAUGGUAAGCUGGUUUCAUCUACCUCUAGUGUUGGAGAUGUUAAAGGCAAGACAGCUUCAAAUUCUCAUUGCUCACGAGACAACUUAAAGACGAGGUUGCCAGUUGUUUCCAGAUCUACUAAGUUUCAGGGUAUUUCAAAGGAGGUUACAGUUACUGGCAGUUUGAAAAACAUGACUCUUAACAUCAGGUCUGGUUUUAUUCUUGAGCACCUCCCUCUCUAUCCAACACACACAUGCACAAUGUGGUGGACACAGAAGUGAUUAACUUUUAUAUUUUUGAGUUGCCAGGAAGAGUCUGUAAUGGUAAUGCUCCAGAGAUACAAAACAUUUCCACCACCUUAUAAAUAGCUAAUGUAUUUUUUAUGCUUAUAUUGAAUAGAAUCUGAUUUUUCAGCAGGUUGAAAAUUACCAGGUCUAAAGACCUUCCUGACCAAGGUAAAUGUAAAUCAAAUCAGAGCAUUGGAGUUUUGGGGCACAACAAUCUUGACAAAGAAGGGAAAGGGCAGAAGGGAAAGGACAACAAUGAUGCCAGAAUUAAAAGAGAACCAAAAAUUCUGACAAGGAGUCACAAAGCACCAAUUCCAAAGAUGGAUCACAAGAUUUCACCAUGGCAGUCCACAGACCUAAAGCAUGCUCAAAGGAAACAGAGGGAGAGGAAGCCAGUCUGGAGAUGAAAGCAAAACAGAUGAUAAAGAUGGAAUCUAUCUUCAGCAAAUAUGCUGAAACGGUCAAAGAGCAGCCAUGCAGAAUGCUCACGGACAUCGGAAAGUUGGCAUUUGGCGGCCAUUCCAACAGGUGCACAACAUAGGAUCCAACAUCCAAGAGUUUAAGCGGUUGAAACACAGAUUAUGCUCUCUUUGAAUUGUGAAUACUGAGAACCAGUGUAAACAAGACAUCACUAUGUUACAGAAACUAGUUUAGGAAUGCAAAAUUAUGUUCAUUUUCAAUCCCUUUACAAGACCAAUUCGUCAAGCAAAUUCUGGGUUAAAAUAAACAGGGAACCUGUUU